GGGACACUUCCGGUGGGGGCGGUGGCUGCGUGACGGGCAGGGCAGGGAGAAACUCAGGUCACCAAGGAGACCGGCUUGGAUAGCUCUUCAGACACCGGGAAGUGUGCGUAUGUGUGUGUAUCCAUUCUUUGCCCGGAGAUGUCUGCUCUUUCCAAUUAUGCCUUGCGGAUGGCCCGCCUGAGUGCCCGGAUAUUUGGAGAAGUUGUCAGGCCAACAGACAAUAAGUCCAUGAAAGUAGUGAAGCUGUUCAGCGAGCAGCCUCUUGCCAAACGGAAGGAGGUCUACGAUUGGUAUCCCCCUCACAACACCUACUUCGCCCUCAUGAGGAAACUCCGCUUCUUUGGCCUCUACAGAGAUGAACAUCAAGAUUUUAAGGAAGAGAUGAGGCGGCUGAAGAAGCUCCGUGGUAAAGGAAAACCCAAGAAAGGAGAAGGAAAAAGAGCUACCAAGAAGAAAUAGUGCUGUUUUGGAACUGCAACAGAUUACUUUGGAAAUGUCAGAGCAAAAGCAGCCCUAUCCCUUUCUUCCCAGCCAGAGAUGGAUUUGCAUGCAGCUGAGUUCAUGGCUGGAGUGGGGAUUGGGUGUAAGCAGUCUGCCAGAUAUUAAACUUUGAAUUGAACUCUCUUUUUACUAGGCCUCUUUGAGUGCUCAGGUUUUUGGGGGAUGACUGUUUUUUCACCAGUGACUGUGUAUAUGGGAAUAAUUCAGUAUGUUCCAGCACCCAUGAUGAUGAUGAUUUGGGUUUCAGUUGCUAUGAGAGCCCUUUUCUACCUGAAGCAGCAAUAAAAACCCAUCUACAUUUUUGGUGUUCACCUCUGCUGCUUUCAGUCCUUGUUUAACUUUUCACUUUCACCAAAAUACUACAUUUUCUACCUUCUUUCAUUCAUUUAAGUAUGUCUAAUCUGCUUAUAUUGAUCCCAGUGCUGUUUGAUUCAGUCUCAGUAAGAAUGAUGCCUUCUGCUACUAUGUAGCCUGGAACAUCAGUUUAUAAUGUAUAAAGCUUUACCUGCCCUACCCUU